AAAUUCUUAUAGUUUUACGUAUGAUUGAUGGGCCGGUCCAAACAUGAACGACCCGGGCCCAUUUUCACUAGGGAUACAAAAGGGGAAUUGUGAAAAAAGAAAAGGGGUAAUAACGUAAUUACGUACUUCCAUUUAACCUUUUUACUUGUCCAAUUUCACCCACCCAACACCCUCCCCGCCGCUAAAUUUUACCACUUCUCACCUCACCCACCGCCCAAAUGGACCUCUUCACCGCCGACCACCGGAUACCCACCUCCGACAACUUCCCACAGCACGUUGCUCCAUUUCCUGAUCCCACCGACCUCCUCUACGCUGCUCCAUCCGCUGUAUUCCCCCCUACCGACAUCAUCAACCACCUCUCCAACCCUCCACCGCCGCCGCAGAAGCUCCGUCCCAUCCGCUGCAACGGUAGGUCCCCCGCCGGUUCUCAGGCCGAAAACAUCUUCGAUGGAGCCCUAAGGAGUUUCCAAUGCGUUUCUUCGUCGCCUGAGGGUGGUUUUUCUGGGGAUCAGCUCUGUGUGGCUAAUAUUGACCCGUGUCAGUACUUCGACUCCUUGGCGAAAGAUGAAAAGCCCGAAGUCAAGCAUAAUGGCAGCUUCGGCGAUAUCAUUGCAAACGAUUACUUCUCGGAGGAAGAGACGAAGAACGGCGGAUCCGGUGCUGCUAUUGCUGCGGAGAAUUUGAGCCGGAGCCGUGAAGAACCUCAAUUGGACAACGAUUCGUGCUCAACUUCAGAUGGUGGUGAUGCUGUUUUUAGCAGCAAAAAGCAUUUAAGCCAUAAGAGAAAGAGAACAAGAAGGUCGCUCGAGCAUUUUGUGGAAAAAUUGGUACUGAAGGUCAUGCAUAAACAGGAGGAGAUGCAUAUGCAGUUAAUAGAUAUGAUAGAAAGGAAGGAGAAAGAGAGAACAGUAAGAGAAGAAGCUUGGAAGCAGAGAGAGAUUGAAAGAAUUAAAAGGGAUGAGGAGUUAAGAGCCCAAGAAACCUCUCGCAGUUUAGCAAUUAUUUCCUUGAUCCAAAAUUUGCUGGGCAAUGAAAUUCAAAUCUCCCGACCAGUGGAAAACCAAUGUACAGAAGAUGAUGGAGGUGAAAGCAGCAUCCAGAAGGAGCUAAAAUGUGAUCCAAGUGGAAGGAGAUGGCCUCAGGCUGAAGUACAAUCUUUGAUAUCUCUUCGAACAUCACUGGAACAUAAAUUCCGUGCUACAGGCUCGAAAGGAUCGAUAUGGGAGGAGAUAUCAAUUGAGAUGCAGAAGAUGGGUUACAAGCGUUCAGCAAAGAAGUGCAAAGAAAAAUGGGAAAAUAUGAACAAAUAUUUCAAAAGGACCAUUGUAACUGGGAAGGCUAGUAUUGCAAAUGGUAAGACAUGUCCAUAUUUUCAAGAAUUAGAUAUUCUUUAUAGAAAUGGAGUGGUAAAUACUGGAGCUGUCUUUGAUAGUACAAAUACUGAAAAUAAUUCCAAGGCUGAAAGAAGUAUAGAUCCUUUUCAUGAAGAUGCUUUUGUAGAAGGUGAAAGAGAGCAUAUAAAACAGGAGCAGGCAUUGGACAUGACAUUAUUUGUGCCCCUAUAGUGACCAAAAGAAAUGUCAAGUUUUCAGUUCGAUGUCAGCAGGAAAUGAGGGAGUAGAUUGAGGAGAUACUUCAAUCAAGUUUCUGAGUUGAUGAUGCUUGAAAUUCUUGUAAGUAAAUGGAUAGUAGUUGAAGACAUAUCAUCUUUCUUCCUAUGGAUUUGUGUAGAUUUAAUGCUUAAUUUCUCUGGUUAUUGAAUUAGUUAGUUUGUAA